AUGAGUCUAAACAGCAGCACUAGUUCUACUCAUAGUCCUACUUUACCCCCUAUCUAUUCAUAAUUAGAGGAGCUCAUAGCCCCAGAAAAUCCAAUUGUGCAAAGAUCUCAAGACUACCUUGACUCUUUUAAUCAUAUAGGUAAAGCCAAUAGAAUUAAUCUGUUUUUAAUAGCAUUUUAAUGGGAUUCUAGGAAUCUUUCUACUAAUCUCGAUCUCAGUGACGAUGAAAGAAUAUGCACAUCUAAGACGAGCAUGCAUUCAUUUAAGUCUUGUUAUGGAGACAUCACUAUGAUACCAGGAUUUAGAUACUACUAUGAGAUUAAAUUUUUAAAGGGCAGUAAUUUCAAGGUAGGGGUAAGUAAGAGCCGCAGAAAUUUAGAGAUUGCCUUCUCUGACACUGAAGAUGGCUGGGCUUACUAUUCUAAUGGAUAACUAAGACAUAAUUCAAAGGGAGAAGGUGCCAAGUAUGGUUAAAUUUACAGAGGAAAAGACACUAUAGGCAUAUAUGUUGACUUAGUUGAGGGAAUCGUAUUUUACUCUAAAAAUGGUAAAAUUUUUGGAGAUGCUUUCAAAGAAAAAGAGCUAUUGACUAAUGCUCUAUAUCCUGCUUGCUGCUGCCUGACUAAGGGCGAGUCAUUUGAGCUUUUAUUCCCUUAAUGUGAAGAUUGA